UCAUUUCCCUUUUCCUUUGUGGCACAUAAAACUAGAGCUACCUUCCCUGCAAACCUUCCUCUCUUCUCUCCUUUUUCAAUCAAGGGAGUAGUAUUUCUCAGACAUCUUACGAAACCAUGGCUAAUGAUGCCCCUUAUGUUUUUGCGGUUGGAAUUAUGGGUAACCUAGUCUCCUUCUGUUGCUUUCUAGCACCAGUACCAACUUUUUAUCGAGUUUGUAAGAAGAAAACAACAGAAGGUUUCCAAUCACUACCUUACGUUGCUGCACUCUUCACCUCAAUGCUAUGGAUUUUUUAUGCUUACAUAAAGACAGGAGAAAUACUUCUUAUCACCAUCAACGCAUUUGGUUGUUUCAUAGAGACAGUUUACCUUGUCAUCUAUAUAACUUACUGUCCCAGGAAAGCUAGGUUUUUUACCUUCAAGAUGAUUUUCUUGUUCAACGUUGGAGUCAUUUUCUUGGUUGUUCUUCUCACUCACGUUCUAGCAAAAGAACGAACAGCCCGUAUUGAGCUUCUUGGAUGGAUUUGUGUAGUUCUUUCUACCAGUGUUUUUGCAGCACCUUUGAGCAUAAUUAAAGUGGUUAUUCGCACCAAAAGUGUAGAGUUCAUGCCUAUUACUCUGUCACUUCUUCUCACAGCGAGUGCAAUUAUGUGGUUGGCAUACGGUAUUCUCCUGAGGGACAUCUAUGUUACACUUCCGAACUUCGUGGGUAUCACAUUUGGAACAAUUCAGAUAGUGCUGUAUUUUAUAUACAGAAAGCACAGGCCAGGUAAGGAUGAAAAGUUGGCAGAACAGAAAGACAAUGCUACGAAUGAAGAAAACGCCAACACAACAGUGAGCAGUGAGAAUCAUGCAGCAAACAGUGGUGGAUUUGUUGAUAUUGAGAUUGGAGAGAAGAAGGAAGAUAAGAAAGUUGAGGAAGCACAGAAAAAACAGGAGCAAGCAGAAAACAAAACAAGGGAAGCUAGCAGUCAACUACAACAUAAUUAAGGAGGGUUGAGAAGUUUAAUGUUGCCUCUUUCUCUCCCUCUCUCUGUGCCACCAUGUGUUGAUGUAUUCAAACUAAUGCAAAGGGCUAAUGGGGGCAGAAAAUAUAAGUCAUACAAUAUAGAUCAAUGUCUGUCUAUAUUUCUCUUUGCCCAUAGUUAUUAGUUUCUAUUUUGUGUGAUUUCUGUUCUGUUUUCUUUGUGUUACAAUAAUAAAUAAUAAAAUAGAAGGUGUUCCCAAAUCUUGUUACAAA